AUGGUAAGUCAGGCGAUAAAAGGAGUUGAUCAACCACGAGCUCAAUGGUAUUGGAAAUCAAAUUCUGAUCCAUGGUCAACAAAUGGAAAAAAAGAAUGGACAAAAUAUGCUGAUAUCGAAUCAGCGAUUAUCGAAGAAGCAUUUAAUCAAAAGAAUAAAACAAAACUAGCUGAACUGGAGAAUUAUUCGAUUAACUUAAACGACUGCAUUCAAAUCAGUAAAUCGGAUCCAAAUGAACAACGGCAAAUAAAACGGGUUCUAACUAGUGGAAAUGAAAGUCCAGGUUUAAGAGAAGAAAGAUUCUUUUUCCCACCAGCAUUGAGUAAAACGUUCAAUGAUGACUGGGGCAAAGAAACUUAUAUUUUUCUUUCACAGUGGAAGAAAGACAAGGAACUUUCUGACGCUGAAAUAGUAGAGCAGGCAGCGAAUGGAAUAAUUAUCGAAGGAAAACAACUAGGAAAACAUCAAGGUUUAAAAACGGGAGAUUCGUAUCAGCAAUUUUAUGAAAUUUGGGUUUUUCUGGAUGUUGCUGGCAAUACAAUUGAAAGAGUUAAACCUGCUGUUGAUGAGAAUACGGCAAAGUAUGAGACAUACAAUGCAGACUUAGAGGCAAUGGAAGAUACAUUUCGAAAAGUAGCAGAGGCGAGUGAGAUUGAAGGAUGGGCGUUAAUGAUACAUAGAAAACAUCGCGUGGUUGAACAAUUACGCGAAUCAAGAAAUGAGGAAAAUGCUGAUCUUAAUACCAUGUUUCCGAAUAAAGUUGUGAAACCUUCAACGAAUUUAGAUCACAUCAAAUAA